UAUACCUAUAUACAUAAUAUAUUUACAUAUAUACAUAAUUAUACACCAGUACUCUUGAAAAUGUAAAAACUAUAAUAAAUUCGAAAAAGAGUUUUAUUUUUAAUAAAAAUUUCUGUAAAAACUGUGUUGAAGUGUUCGUGAAUUUCUCAAAAGGACAAAUAAAAAGUGAUUUUAUUUUUCUUACACCAUUCUUAUAUGAUGCAGUCGGAAGUAAAUGUGAGGAAUUUACGUGCAGGUUAGGUGCUAACGAAGAAUUUGAUCAGAGCGGUGGUCUUGAUAGUAAAGAUUCCGGUACAUAUUCUUCAGAUAUAUCAUCUAGUUUAGAAGUUAUUGGAGCUGAUUUAAAUAUUGAAGAUAACGCUGAUCCACUACUGGAUAUGGCUGCAGCUAGUAAAGAAAUAAGUUCUGAUAAUGUUACUGAAAAUUUAGUAAAAUCAGCAGAAGGAUCAUCUGAUGAAGGAAUAUUUUCAUUAAUAUAUACGGUUGUGAAAAAAGUUGCUAUUGUUGGAACAGUAUAUUUAUUAGGAUAUAUGGGAUGGUCUGUUGCAUGGUUAGUAGCACCAGUAGCUCUUUCAGUUGCUAGAGAUCAAUGGAAAAAAUCCGCUGAUGAGAAACGUACAAUUGCAAAAGCAUCGGCUCUGACUAAUGAGAAAGAAGUUAUUUUAGCUAGAAUUGAUGAACUACCAGCUUGGGUCUACUUUCCCGAUGUUGAACGUUGUGAAUGGGUUAAUAAGAUUUUAAAACAAGUUUGGCCAAAUGCCAACCACUAUGCUCGUACAUUAGUUAAAGAUGUUAUUGAACCAAGUGUUGCUGAAGCAUUAAGAAAUUAUAAAAUGAAUGGUUUUCAAUUUGAUCGUAUUAUAUUGGGUACAAUACCACCAAGAAUUGGUGGUGUAAAAAUUUAUGAUAAAAAUGUUGGACGUAAUGAAAUUAUAAUGGAUUUAGAUUUAUUUUAUGCUGGUGACUGUGAUAUUAAUUUUCGUUUGGGUGGUAUGAAAGGUGGUAUCAAAGAUUUUCAAAUACAUGGAAUGGUUCGUGUUGUUAUGAAACCUUUAAUAAGAUCAAUGCCAUUAGUUGGUGGUUUACAAAUAUUCUUUUUAAAUAAUCCAAAUAUUGAUUUUAAUUUAGUUGGUGUUAUUGAUUUAUUAGAUAUGCCUGGUUUAAGUGAUAUAUUACGUCGUGUUAUUGUUGAACAAAUUGCUGCUGUUAUGGUAUUACCAAAUAAAUUACCAAUAACAUUAAGUGAAGAAGUAGCAGCACAAACAUUAAAAAUGCCAGAACCUGAGGGUGUUUUACGUAUACAUGUUGUUGAAGCAAAAGAUUUAAUGAAAAAAGAUAUUUCAGUUUUGGGUAAAGGUAAAUCAGAUCCAUAUGGUUUAAUUAGUGUUGGUGCACAAGAAUUCAGAACACAAACAAUUGAUAAUACUGUUAAUCCAAAAUGGGAUUAUUGGUGUGAGGCAUUGGUCAACGCAAGCUUAGGUCAAGAAAUUUUAUUUACUUUAUGGGAUUAUGAUCAAGGAUUCCCAGGUGUUAUGAAUGAUGACUUCUUGGGAAGGGCAACAGUUGAAAUAAGCAAUGUAGUUAAAAAAGGUGUACUUGAUACCUGGUUAACACUUGAAGAUGCUAAACAUGGUUUGCUACAUGUCCGUCUCACAUGGUACAAAUUAUCAUCUAAUACAGCUGAUUUACAAGCAGCUCUUGAAGAAACACAACUAUUACGUGUAACAUCAAUGAGUACAGCAAUAUUGUGUGUAUAUAUUGAUUCAGCCAAAAAUCUACCUCAAGCACGUCCACAGUCUCAACCAGAUCCAUAUUUAACAAUUAGUGUUGGUAAACAUAUUGAACAAACUGCCGUUCAAUUACGUACAGAUGCACCAGUUUGGGAACAAGGAUACUCAUUUUUAGUUGGCAAUCCUGAUAAUGAUACAUUACAAUUGAAAAUCACAGAUCAAAAAACUGAAAAAGAAAUCGGUCGCUAUACAUAUAUUUUGAGCGCUUUAUUACAACGUAAAAAUAUGGAAUUUUUACAACAACCUUUCCAAUUACAAAAAUCUGGACCAGAAUCAAAAAUUAUUAUGACAUUAUCUUUAAGAAUAUUAAAAAGAGCUGAUCCAUUAGAAGGUGAACCAGUUGCAGAUGUUCAUAGUUUAUUACAAAGAUCAUCAUCACAAAUGUCAAGAUCAGAUUCAACUUUAUCUAGAGGUGGUUCAGUAAAAGCACCUCAACAACCAUUGGAAACAUCUUCUGUUGCAAAGACUAAGGACACUCCACCAUCCGUGAUUUCGGAUAGUGUUAUACCAGAAGAAGAUUUUACAUCAGCAAAAGUAACAAAACUUUCUUCAUCGCCAUCUGGUAGCACAAAAUCUAGUCAAUCAUCAUUACAUCAUCGUGUACCAGAUAUAACAAGUUCAGCUGGUGAAUAUGGUUUGGGAAGAAUUCAGUUGUCAUUACGUUAUCAUAUACAACGACAAAAAUUAACUGUUACCGUUCAUAAAAUAAUGAAUAUACCAUUAAAAGAUCCAUCAAAUAUACCAGAUCCAUAUGUAAAAUUAUAUUUACUUCCUGGAAGAACAAAGGAAUCAAAAAGAAAAACAGCAACAAUUAAAGAUAAUUGUAAUCCAGUAUAUGAUAGUAGUUUUGAAUAUUUAAUUUCAAUUGCUGAAUUAAUGAAUAGUGAACUUGAAGUAACUGUUUGUACACAAAAAGGAUUUUUAUCUGGUGGCAGUCCAAUCAUUGGAAUGUUGAAAAUUGCUCUCAGUGAUCCAGAAAUCUCAUCUCAAGGAUUCUCAAAUUGGUAUGAUUUGCUACCGCAUGAAGGUGGUGAUUAAGAUUAAAACUUUUUUUUUUAUUU